AUGUCCAAAAGAGCUGAUAGUAAUAGCGAUGUAUCUGACCUCAACCCUGAGUUGAGUCAAUCUCAAAUUUCCAAGGAAUAUACUGCUCAACUUGGCUACGUGGAAGAUCCUGAAAGCCCUUUGACAGCCGAUACUUUUCCAAGCAAAUCGGGUGGCAAGCCGGCUUGGCUCAACCCUGAAAAAUUCCUUACUGUUAAGGACGUAACUUGCGGUAAUUGCAGUCAACCUAUGAGUUUAUUGUUACAGUUAUAUACACCUGAGGAUGAACCAGAAGAAGCAUUCCACAGAACAGUUUACGUCUACUGUUGUAGAAAUGGUUCCUGUGUCAAGCAAGAUUGGAAGAACAGUUUUAAAGUUUACCGAUCGCAACUUCCCCGUGAAAACCCUUAUUAUCCAGCAACACCAAACGCGGAUGACGAUGACGAAAGCAUUGCCGAUGAAAAAGUGUUGGAAUCUUUCACGCCAAAGUCAUUCAAACCUCCAAUUCAAUGCAGUAUAUGUGGGUUAGGAGGCGCAAAACUGUGCGGCCAAUGUGGCAAUGCAGCUUACUGCUGUAAAGAGCAUCAGAUGGUCGAUUGGAAUUUGUGUCAACAUAAGCAAUUUUGUCAAAAGCCAACAUUAACCGAAACAGAACAGAAGACAGUAAAUCAUUUACGAUCGCUAAGAAUAUUCACAGAAAAAGAAAUUGUUAGCGAGCCUGAAGGAAAAGACAAAGAUGAAGAAGAGGAGGAGAAACAAGCCGAGUUCUUCAAAGCCAACAAUCCUGAAGAAAAGAGUUCUGAUUCUAAAGCCUUAGUGCUGGCAGGAGACGAAGCAGAAGAAGACACACAGGCUGUAGAUGAAGCCUUUUUGAAUUUUCAGCUGAAGAUAGAAGCUAAUCCAGACCAAGUUCUUCGUUAUGAACGCGUUGAAUAUGAUAUGCCAGCAUUAGAACCCUUAUGGGUUCAAGCACAUCAAAAACCAGCGACUAUACCCAAUUGCGAUCGCUGUCAUGGACCCAGGACCUUUGAAUUUCAAAUUCUAUCCACGUUGUUAAAUUAUAUUGGUAUUGAUCAUGUGGCGCUUGAUUCGUUGGAUUGGGGAUCGUUGUAUAUCUUUUCCUGUAAGCAGAAUUGUCCAGUUGGAGACGAUGUUUUUGCCGAAGAGUUUAUAUGGAAGCAAGACUUUUCCAAAGAAGGCAUGCAGCUCUCCGCUAACAGCAAUCGAUAA